GUUCAACUCUUACGUUUUUUAUUUAAAUAAUUUUUUGUAUUAACAGAUAUAAUUUUUUUAUAGAUUCCAAAGUUUAUGUACAGAUGCUGUUACUAUCUUUCAUGCUUCCGUCAACUGCAAGAAUCUCACAAGGUCGAAGAAAACAAUGGAAACCAUCAUGUCUCGAAAGUUUUGAGGGAAUUAUUACUCAUGUUAAGAUUUAUGGAGAUAUCGAAAAGAGGCAAGAAGAGAAGAAAUUGUUUGCAAAAAGCAAACGAAUUACACUACAGCCGUAUAUAAUAGUUGUUGGAGAAGAAGAUUGUAGAGUUGAGUCAUCAUAUCUAGUAAUUGAUGAUAACGAGUAUGAGAUGCCAUCGUUACAAGCAGCUAUUGAUUACUGUUUCAAAUCAUUCCACGUGUUCAGUGCUAAGUAUCCACCGCAGAGUGAACAUCUUUGGUUGUUGCUGCAGAACGGCGUUUACAAAUUCCGUACACGCUGGGAUCCCUUAAUAUUAAGCGUAGAAGAGAUGCUUAACGAUAUACAAUUUUCUUUACCACCAUUCAACUUAAACAAAGAUUCAGAUCAAGCUUAAACGCUUUCACUGAUAGCUAAAAUAUAGCUAGUUUUAUUAUCUUAUUUUCUUUGAAUAAUUCAUCAUUUUUGUAAGACUCAACGAGUCGAAGAUUAUGUUGAUUUAAAGUUUUAUCAAGACUUCAUAUUGCUUCAACAUUUUGUUCAUAGUUAGUAGAGAAAAUUGUGUUCUGUAGUCGUAUAUUAGAAAAAAAAAUACUUUUUGAACAUGGAGGUACUUGAUUGUUCUUUAUGUAGAUCUAGUUUUAGUACGAUUAAGUUGUUUGCGCAACAUUUAAAAGUUUUUCAUAAAGGUGCUUUAAAAUUUAUAUGUAAUAAACGAGACUGUAUGAGAACUUUCAGUAAUAGAUCUGUUUUUAUAAGUCACAUGGGGUCACAUUUUUCUAAAACGACAUCUGAUUUAGAAAAUAUUACAAAAGAGAUUGAAAAUGAUGAGACUGUAAACUUAAAUUUUGAAGAGCCGAAAUUCUUUGAA